AGGGAGUCACCCCAGGCAAGAGCCUGGUUCCCGCUGUGCUGGCCUUAACGGAAAUAACCACUCGCAUCCUUGGAGAGCGCGGGCGGGCGGGCAACCGCAGCGGCCCCGCUCCAGGCGUCACUCGCCUCGCGGGUCUUUCUUCCCCCGCCCCCCUAGAUUGACGGCUCGGUUGAGCAACGAGGAGGCCGGGGGGAGGCGGGAUUUCCUGGGCGGGGCUGGGCCCCGUGUUGUGGCUGUGCUGACGAAGAGGGAGGGGUCAGUCAGGUGGGCGCUUCGUAGGGUGUGUGGGCGCCUCGGCCCGUAGAGACCAGCUGUCGCCAUGCCCGGGAUUGACAAGCUGCCCAUCGAGGAGACGUUGGAGGACAGUCCCCAGACAAGGUCUUUGCUGGGUGUAUUUGAAGAAGAUGCUGCAGCAAUUUCCAGUUAUAUCAACCAGUUAUAUCAAGCCAUGCGCCGAAUUUGUGAUGCACAGAAUGAAUUGAGCGUAGCAACUCAUCUAACUUCAAAACUUCUAAAAGAGUAUGAGACGCAGCGUUUUCCAUUAGGGGGCGACGAUGAAGUUAUGAGCUCUACCCUACAACAGUUUGCAAAAGUGAUAGAUGAGCUCAGCUCUUGUCAUGCAGUACUUUCAACUCAACUAGCUGAUGCCAUGAUGUUUCCCAUUACUCAGUUUAAAGAAAGAGAUCUAAAAGAGAUAUUGACUUUAAAAGAAGUUUUCCAAAUUGCCAGCAAUGAUCAUGAUACUGCCAUUAACCGAUACAGUCGGCUAUCAAAAAGAAGAGAGAACGAAAAGGUCAAGUAUGAAGUCACAGAGGAUGUGUAUACUUCAAAGAAGAAACAGCAUCAGACCAUGAUGCAUUAUUUCUGUGCACUAAAUACUCUUCAGUACAAGAAGAAAAUAGCCCUGCUGGAACCCUUACUAGGAUAUAUGCAAGCUCAGAUAAACUUCUUUAAAAUGGGUUCAGAAAAUCUUACUGAGCAGCUGGAAGAAUUUUUAACCAAUAUUGGCACAAGUGUACAAAAUGUUCGCAGGGAAAUGGACUGUGAGGUAGAAACCAUGCAGCAGACCAUAGAAGACUUGGAAGCAGCCAGUGAUCCAUUAUAUCUACCUGAUCCUGACACAACAAAAUUUCCUGUCCAUAGAAAUCUAACACGGAAAGCUGGCUAUCUUAAUGCAAGGAAUAAGACUGGUCUGGUGUCUUCCACCUGGGACAGACAGUUUUACUUUACUCAGGGUGGAAACCUAAUGAGUCAGGCAAGAGGUGAUGUAGCUGGAGGACUUGUCAUGGACAUAGACAACUGUUCCGUGAUGGCUGUGGACUGUGAGGACAGAAGAUACUGCUUUCAGAUAACAUCUUUUGAUGGCAAAAAAUCUUCAAUCUUACAGGCAGAGAGUAAAAAAGAUUAUGAAGAGUGGAUAUGUACAAUAAACAACAUCUCUAAACAGAUAUAUCUAAGUGAAAACCCUGAGGAAAUUGCUGCACGUGUAAAUCAAUCCGCUCUGGAGGCUGUCACCCCAUCUCCUUCCUUUCAACAGAGACAUGAGAGCAUGCGGCCAAUAAUACAUUCUCGUCCUCUGACAGCUCGCACUAAUAGCUCUGGGUCUCUGGGAUCUGAAUCAGCAGCUUUAUCAGCACUUUCCUUGGAUUCCCUUGUUGCUCCUGACACACCUAUACAAUUUGAUAUAAUUUCUCCAGUUAGUGAAGAUCAGCCUGGUCAGGCAAAAACUUCAGGGCAGUUGGGCAGACGUACAAACCCAUUUGGUGAAUCUGGAGGCAAAAAAUCUGAAACAGAAGAUUCCAUUCUUCACCAGUUAUUUAUUGUAAGAUUCCUUGGCUCCAUGGAAGUUAAAUCUGAUGAAAGUCCAGAUGUUGUUUAUGAAACAAUGCGCCAAAUACUAGCAGCCAGAGCUAUCCAUAACAUUUUCAGGAUGACUGAAUCACAUUUAUUAGUCAGUUGUGACUGUUUAAAGUUAAUUGAUCCACAGACACAAGUUACAAGGCUUAGGUUUCCUUUGCCAAAUGUAGUCCUGUACACUACACACCAGGAAAAUAAACGCCUUUUUGGAUUUGUACUUCGGUCCUCUGGAGGGAGAGUUGAGAGUCAUACAACAUCUGUUUGUUAUAUAUUUGAAUCAAACAAUGAAGGGGAAAAGAUUUGUGACUCUGUUGGACUGGCAAAACAGAUUGCUUUUCAUGCAGAAUUGGAUCGUAGAGCAUCAGAAAAACAAAAAGAGAUGGACAGAGUAAAAGAGAAACAACAGAAAGAACUCAGUAAACAAAAGCAAAUUGAAAAGGACUUGGAGGAGCAGAGCCGAUUGAUAGCUGCUUCCAGUAGACCCUGUCAGAGCAGCGGAGAGGGACAAUUUGUAGUCCUUAGCAGUAGCCAGUCAGAGGACAGUGAUUUGGGAGAAGAUGGGAAGAAGAAAAGAGAGUCUGAAGCAUGAUCUUGUUAAAACUGGAGCCUUUGGACAUAUUUGUGGUAAAAUGGCACAAAUUACACAAGAAGAAAAAAUAGAGGUGGAGGGUCUGUUUACUAUAUAGAAGAUUUAACAAUAUGCUGAUAAGAUUGUUUUUUUCUUUUAAACAUACAUUAACUAAUUUUGCCUGUUAAUGUAAAUAAGUACUUUCUUCCUUAUGUUAGAAAGACGCAUGAUGUCAUUGCUAUGUUUGCUACAGAAUUACAUCUUCAAGACUUUUUAAAUAUAGACAACUUUUUUCACUUACCUGAUUGUGCAGCUGACUGUUUUGAAGCAAAAAUUCAUCUUCUGAUGGAGCUUCAACAGUACACUGAAAUAGUGUUCUUUAAAUUGCAGUACACAGAAUAUUUUGUGGGGAACAAAAGUGGGCUUUGAACUGAAACAGUGCUAAGCUGCAUCUAAAUACUGUUGCAGAGAACUGUUUCUAGGUUUAUAAAAAUUAAUCCUCCGUAUCGCCAGAUAAAUGUGCAAUAGUUUUAGGGUACGUCUAGACUACAUGCCUCUGUUGCCAGAGGCAUGUAGAUUAG